AUGUUAUACGCUGACGAGGAUGAAAUCGACUGGAGCGACGGCUCUUUCGGCGCUCCACCUCGAAUACUCAUCGAUGCUACACCCCAGUCAACUCAUCACAACCCAACCGCGGACGCUUACGAGGAAGAAGAUUCGCUUUUCGUAUCGGAAACAUAUGACCAACACCGGAUACCCAGUGGUCUUACACUUCAAGCUGCUCCUUCAAACAGCAAUGACAACCUUCAGAACCCUACGCGUGUUCAAAGAGCUCGUGCCGGUGUUCAUCUGAACCGUCGUAUACCUUCCAAGGCCGACUACAUCAACUACGUGCUUUACCAAGCUAGCCAGAAGACUUACGAAGCCACCUCUCUGAACAACUUCAUAGCGCAUGCCUUGCAUCCCGACCGCCUCGCCCAGUGUUCUGAAGAUGCAAACAGCGGCCGCCAAAGCAUCGCCGAGUACAUGAAGUCUGUAUCACAUGAGGUCAACAGUAUCACGAAGAAAAUGAUCUGGAAUGGCCAUUGCCGCACUGUACACCUUCUCGCUGGAGACGGCAUGGACGGCGCACCGUUCCUCGAUCCACAUGCUCUCGACACCAAACCCUUCUCAAAGUACGGUCCUGGCAAUCUCUUUCCUGUAGCAGACAGGAUCAACGUGUCUUGGCACCGUACCAGCUCACAUCCUACGAUGGUACGAUACUCAACCAAGGAGUACGAACUUGGCUAUCAGGCCGGUCCAUUGGAGGAUCUUGACGCUGUAUCCCAGACACUGUUUCGAAAAGAGAACUUCAGUAUGACUUUGCCCAUCGGUCGUGCUGUCAAGCUCUCAACAUCCAAGAAGCGUAAAGGUCAGAACAUGCCUGGAGCAGCAACCAGAGAUGACAGAAUGGCCUCAUCUCGUCGAAACUGGAUUCCGUUCCCGCAGCUGGCCACAAUGUCGGACUUUCACGACCCUCAACCCAUUACAAACAGUCCACUCGAUAUCGGUCAUGAAGCAAAGGCGUCUGAUGUUCACCAGGAGCCUCGGAUACUGUCAGAUCUCACCCAACUGUAUCAAGACCCUGUAGAUGCCUUCUCUCCAGAUGAUGCACAGGAAGAGGAAUUCCAUCUAGCUUUCCCUAGACACGAAGAUCUAUUCGGUUCCCAUGAUGCUGGAGUACCCAUCAGUGACCGUGCCGGUGCAUGCAAGCAAAGCAACGGCUCCGAGCACGUAGAGAAGGUACACCACUGGCGAACCAGGUUGAUCAAUGAUCACAAGCGCCGGCUGACACUCAAGUGGGGCAACCCACGACAGGCUCUCGAUCAUGCGUUUCAGAACUUCAAGCAAGUUGUCGCUGCUGCCAUGUCUAUGGGUGUUCGUCCGAUCGCCAACGACUACCAGAAGAAGCUCGAAGCCAUCGCAGCUAGAGAGCGACUUCGAGAGCAAGCCGGAAGUUCUGCUCGAUCACAGCAGAACAGUGAAAGUCUGUCAACUGAAACUACCACCCCUGAUUCGCGUGCAUCGCAAUGUCUCCCAAUGGACUCAGACAUGAAUACUCCUGCGUCCUCUUCCUUCUCCUCUCCACAGAUCCUUCGACGAGAUAUUGGUGGGUCGUUGAGCAAUUCUGAAUCUGACAAGACACCCUCAGAGCCCUCAAAGAAGAGGAGGAGGAAGAACGAAGCCGCAAACAAGCAAGUCAUGCGAAGUCACUCUACCCAGCAGCAAUCGACUGCACCCAAGCCAGGCAAGCAAUCGACCCAUCAGUCAAUCGUGAAGAGUCCGUCGGCAAACAAGUCACUAUCGCUCCAUCCGAGUGGUUCGACGACUUUGGAACUACAUCAACACCUUCCUCCCGACGCUUACUUUGAGCCGAUCUCAGUGGAUGAGAAGUACGCUUGGCGUUGUCGUUGCAAACACGCAAUGGGUCACUACUACAACUCUGGGAACCGCAAGAACUGUCGAGGCUGUAACACUUCGCUCAGUGACAAUCAUGCUGUUGAGAUGGACUUUCUUAUGCCACUGAGGUCCUUUUACCAUCAAUCCGCACCAGACAUGCGUUGGAAGCCUAGCAAGCAGACUGCUCGACUUCGCAAAUCAGACCGACCUUGUCACAAUGCUGUGGCAAAGGACGCAUAUUGGGAGGCCGUAAGCACUGGCGCGACAGAAGAAGAAGCUCGGCAGAUUGCUGUCGACGCCGUGGUCCGUUACCUUCGGCCAAAGGCACCGCCGAAAGAGCCAACACCCGAGCCGACGCCAGAGCCAGAGCCCGAUCUUGUCCCCCAUCCCAGUGGCUCGACCACUAUGGAACACGGUCAGGAGAUUCCCGAUGGCUAUUACUGGAAGAAGCAGAAAGCGGAUGAGAAACUUGCCUGGCGAUGCGACGUCAACCAUGGUCUCGGACGGUACUACCUAGCGGGCGAUAAGAAGACCUGUCCAGGGUGUGGAGCCGGUCGGACUAGUCUGGGCAAAAGCGAAGAUAUGGACUUCUAUCUCCCAUCGGGUGUCGUGGUUCGCCAAGAAGCACCAGGCCUCUCUAUAUGGAAACCUAGGAAGCCAUACAAAAUAGGCAAACCCGCUACUACGAAGAGAGAAGCGGUCAGUCACAACCAGAUGUGUGCCAAGGUGUACUUCGAACUUCUCGCUCAAGAACACGAAGCAGAAGAGGCUUUGGCGCUUGCGAUUGAGAGAGUGGACAGUGAGCUGGACAAGAAGCAAGAAGCUAAGAUGAAACGACAGGAAGCGAAAGAGGAAAUUGGAGACUCAGAUGCGGUUGAGGGCGACAGCACUUCUGUCAGUGUCUCGAGGAGGGACUCCACUGCCACGAGUCGCAACUCGAGAGGAGGCUGUACCAUGUCCCUCGUCCCAAAGAAGCGUACCAUGGAUGACGUCAUCGAAGAGAGUCUGGAUGAGGUUGUGGGUGAUCUGGAAAAUAGGGAUAUGGGAAGUGAAAGGGAGUCUGGGGAUAGUGUUGUGAUGUCUUCUUCUGCUGAAGAAGAUAGCUCUGGUUCAGACUCAGAAUAA